UAUACGAAACUCAAUAAGAAAUUAUCCAAAAAAUCUGAGCCACAUGACCAGCUUUCAUAUUACUGUUGUACGCUGAGUGUAAAACAGAUGCAAAGGAACAUCGCUUGCAUUUCACCCACUAAACUCAAAUCAUGCAAGUAUUUGCACACCACACCUUCCUAUUUUCAUUUCCUCUAGAAUUCAGUCUUGCAUUUCCACUCGUGCAACAGUUUAGCGUAGUGUUCAUUCAUUUGUUCAAACUGAUUGGAUCAAAUUAUUAAACCUCUGUUAUAUGUGGAUUUAAAUGGCUAAAAAUAUACGUUAGACUGCCUAACAAAAAGAUUCAGAAACACACAUUGACAUUUCUUCCUUCUGAUGUUCUUUUCCUCUCCAAAUGUGGAUUUAAUUUAAUAAUGUCAUUUCUGUAGGACAUAAAACACAUAAAGAAGAAAUGUGAUGUGUGAGUAUAUCAGCGCCUGUCUUGUCUCAUGUAAUUUAUUGCUUAUGAGGUAAACAGCACACUUAUGUCUCACUGAAGUGUAUUCUUUGUGCAUCCGUCCGUGCUUUAAUCUUUUCCAUCAAAUGAGUUGAAAUUUUCUGAUUUGAAUAUUUACUGUUAAUGCGUGACUAUAACUGUCGCGUUUAUUUCUGUCAAUUUAUUUAUUUGCAUAUAUAUAUAAAAGAUGUAAAUGUAAUGCGCGUUCACAUACGAACGGGAAAACUAUUUUACAAAAAUAUUUUUUUAAAGCUAUUCGCAACCUUUUCCCCUUUAAAUGCAUCGCAAACGUUGUAGCGCAAGCAAUAUUGCAUUGUUUUAUUUGCGCUAAAGCGGAUACAGACAAGCAGUGCGCCGGUCUAUCAGGUGCUGUGUGUUUGUGCGCGCGCGGGUGUGUGUGUGUGCGUGCGUGUGUGUGUGUGUGUGUGUGUGUGUGUGUGUGUAAGACAGCGGCUCGCGAUGUCCACGCUCUCCACCACUGUUCUGGUGAUCCGAUAGUUGUGAAAAGCCACCACUAGUCGCCCCCAGUGCUCUUGCAGUCUCCAAUUUUCUUUCCCACUGUAGACUUAACGUCACGUCCGCACUUGAACUUGAAUUUUAUCCCAUUGUACGGAGGCAGCCCUCGCCACAGAGACACAGAGAGCUCCCGGAGAAGCAGGACUCCGCCAUCUUCAUAGAGGCAGAAAAGGGAGAAAAAAAAGCUUCAUUCAUUUGGAAAGGAGGUGGCAAGUCCAUGUCCCUGGUCUCCAGUGCGCAAAGCCGAAUAGGGGAGCAAGUGCAAAGAGUUGGAGAGAGUGCAAAGUAACCGGGCAUCGCAUGCACUUAGAGCCCAGGAGAGAAGAAGAACUGUCCAGUGCUUGGCACACUCAAGUGCCAACUCAAGGAGAAAUUGGAUUCGUUUCAUCCAAUCUAAUAAGUAAUGAGCAUUUUUCUUUUUUAGAAUUAUUUUGACUCCGAGAGAAAAAAAUCGAAUUGCCUUUGACAAACCCACAAGGCGCAGACCGGACGAAGAGAAAGCCACCAGAGGGUCCGACCUACCCAAACGCACCGGGCAUCACGUUCUGAGACAUUUCCAGUGGUUUCUUCACAACUGUCACUCGUCAAGGAUAUUUUCGACCUCGGACAGAUCGCGCUCGGCACGCUGCUGAAGUGCAUGCGUGUGUCGCUGAGGUACUGAGCGUCUGCGCGUCUCUGGUCAUCUGGAGAGAGCCGGAGCGCAAAGACACUUUCGCUUCUCUCACGUUCGCGGGACACCUAUCUGUAUCCGCGGCCCGGAGCUGUGGCAGUUCUUUGGAAGUCCCGGGAAAAGUUAGUUACCGAGGGGAAAAACCCACGCCACGGACACGGAGGACAGAAGGCGCGAGCCGACUAUUCCUUGUGCGGGUCUCUGGGCGAUGCCAGUGUAAAUGCCAGGGCAAUGUCCCGUCGCAAGCAGGGAAACCCUCAGCAUUUGUCGCAAAGAGAAAUUAUAACACCGGAAGCUGAGCAUGUGGAUGCGGGACUGGCCGUGGCUGAUCUCCACUCUCACCCUCACCCACUGCUGGAUCCCAGCAUGCCUGGGCCUCUGCCUCCGGGCCUGGGUGACCACGACCUCCUCACCUGUGGCCAGUGCCAACUAACCUUUCCCCUGGGAGACAUUCUGCUCUUCAUCGAGCACAAGAAAAAGCAAUGCCAGGGUCUGACGACCGGUCACGGCUGCUACGACAAGAUGGCGGACCGCAAUAGCCCCUCGCCGCCCCGCACGGAGCUGAGGAAAGUGGUGGAACCGGUCGAAAUUGGAAUCCAGGUGACACCUGAAGAAGAGGACGAGAGACUGUUGACGCCCCCAAAAGGAAUUUGCCCCAAGCAAGAAAGUGGCCUGGCAGGUAGAGAUGAACCUUCGAGUUACAUAUGCACGACGUGCAAACAGCCCUUUACCAACGCCUGGUUCCUUCUGCAACACGCUCAGAACACACAUGGGAUCCGCAUCUACUUGGAGACCAACCCCUCGAAUACCUCCCUGACCCCACGGAUCACUAUUCCUCCCCCCAUUGGUGCUGAAUCCAUACCACAGUCCCCGUUAACCAACUUUUUAGGGGACAACAACCCCUUUCACCUCCUACGGAUGACUGGGCCCCUACUCCGAGAGCCCCCACCUGGCUUUGUGGAAAACCGCCUCCCAAAUACACCUCCCUUUGUCAGCCCCCCUCCUCGCCAUCACUUAGAUCCUCAUCGCCUAGAACGCCUUAGCGCAGAGGAAAUGGGUUUAAUCUCCCAGCAUCCCAGUGCCUUUGAGAGAGUGAUGCGCAUGACACCCAUGGCUAUGGAAUCCCAGUCCAUGGAUUUCUCCCGCCGACUUAGAGAGCUCGCUGGAAACAACAACUCCACUCCACCGCUGUCACCAAGCCGUGCCAACCCUAUGCAUCGUCUCCUCAAUCCCAAUCCCUUCCAGCCCAGCCCGAAGUCACCCUUUCUGAGCACCCCGCCGCUACCUCCAAUGCCCCCCAACAGCACCACCCCACCACAGACACAGGGCAAGUCAAAGUCCUGCGAGUUCUGUGGCAAGACCUUCAAGUUUCAGAGUAAUCUGGUUGUUCAUCGACGAAGCCACACGGGCGAGAAACCCUACAAGUGCCAACUGUGUGAUCAUGCCUGUUCUCAGGCUAGUAAACUAAAACGCCACAUGAAGACCCACAUGCACAAGUCUGGCUCCAUGACAGGGCGUUCUGAUGACGGCCUGUCCACCACCAGUUCACCCGAGCCAGGCACUAGUGACGUCACUGGGGAGGUUAUGAAAAACAGAGAUGGCGAUUUUAGAGGUGAGGGCAUGGGCGCUGAUAAUGAAGAGGAGGAGGAAGAGGAAGAAGAGGAGGAACUAGAAAAUGAAAGUAGGCCUGAGUCAAACUUCAGCAUGGACUCUGAGUUCAGUCGUAAUAGGGAAAAUGGCUCAAAGCCACCUUCGGAUGAGAAGAACCUCUCCUUGGGCAAGAUGGUGGAAAACGUAGGGCUCAGCUCCAUCCAGCAGUACAAUAACUUAAUAGUCGACAAUCGGAAAAGGCUUCCGUUCUCCAAAAGGAUGUCAGAAGUGCAGAGGGAUGCAGGUGAUCAUGAUUCAGUAGCGGGGGAAAUGGACCAAGUGGAGCGGGCGACUGUAAAUGGAAGGAACUGUGGUUCGGGUGACUCUUUCUCAGGCCUGUUUCCCCGCAAGCCCACUCCCAUCACUAGCCCCAGCCUCUCCAACUCCUCUAACAAGAGGAUCAAAAUCGAAAAGGAUUUAGACAUACCCCCAGCCCCCCUAAUCCCAUCUGAAAACGUCUACUCCCAGUGGCUAGUGGGCUAUGCAGCAUCCCGCCACUUCAUCAAAGAUCCCUUUCUUGGCUUCACCGAUUCCAGACAAUCUCCAUUCGCCACCUCCUCGGAGCACUCUUCCGAGAACGGCAGCCUGCGAUUCUCUACGCCGCCAGGGGACCUGCUGGACGGGGGCCUCUCUGGCCGCAGUGGUACCGCUAGUGGAGGAAGCACCCCACACUUGGGUGGGGGACCGGGACCAGGCCGGCCCAGCUCAAAAGAAAGCCGGAGGAGUGACACCUGUGAGUACUGUGGAAAGGUGUUCAAGAACUGUAGCAAUCUGACAGUGCACAGACGCAGCCACACAGGCGAGAGGCCCUACAAGUGUGAGCUUUGCAACUACGCCUGCGCCCAGAGCAGCAAGCUCACCCGCCACAUGAAGACACACGGCCAGCUCGGUAAGGAAGUGUACCGCUGUGACAUUUGCCAAAUGCCCUUCAGCGUCUACAGCACGCUCGAGAAACACAUGAAAAAGUGGCAUGGGGAACAUUUGAUGACGAAUGAGGUCAAAAUUGAACAAGCAGAGAGAAGCUAAGCCAGAUUUCCUAUUUUGCCUCACAAUUCCUUGAUUAUAAAAGGGGUAGCUGGAUACUCUGUUUUUUUUUUGUUGUUUUUUUUUCCGUUUGUUUGAUGUUGUUUUUUUUUUAAUCAAGUUAAUGGUCUGAGUUAGUUUUGUCCUAAGAAACUGCCAUCUGAGAAUGAUAAAGACAUUAAAGAAAAUCCCCCAAAAAAAAAAAAAAAAGAAAAAUUAAUUUGGAGCCGCUAUAAACCGCCUAUCUAUGAGUGGAUACAUUAGACAAUAUUUUAAAUGGAGCCUUUAACUGUGCAAUAAUUUCUGUAUUUAUUGGAUUUUUUAAAAAUGUUUUGGCAUGUGCAGGUUCUUUUUUAUUUCAUAAUUUUUUUAUUCCAUUGUCUUAUGAUUUAUUUUAAAUGCUGAGAUAUUGUUUAAACCCAAAAGACAUCCUGAGAUUUUUGUUUGUUUGUUUUUAGCAAAACAGAGUAUCGUUUGAGAAAUCCAUAGGCCGCUGCUUACAAUGUAGAUUAUUUAAGCUACACAUGUAAUUUCUUGAAGAGAAGCCGCAUUCAAUUUUCAAAAUUUGAAAGCUGAAUUGAGAAAGCUUUGCCUUUCUUUUUUUUUUCCUUUUUUUGUUUAUUAUUCACACUUACGAAAUGAGCGGACAACAAUCCUUAGACCUUGUAGCACGAACUGAUUUUAAGCAUGUCAAUCUAAUUGGAAAUGUAGCACUGAAUAUCAGUUCUAACAGUAAAUCUAAAGAGAACUGUGAGACUGAAGACCUCCGUCUACUCGAAAUCAAGGAGAGGAGACUAUAAAGACAGAGAAAAGUGAAGGCAGCUGCUUAUCGGUACCUAGUACCGAACCAGACAACGCUAGUCAUAGUAUGGAUUGUGUUACAGGUCUCAAUAGUCAAUUUUAAUUGCCAGCACCCUUUCCAUAGACACUGCACUUAAUUAAACCCCUCUUGAUUUAGCUAAAGAGCACAAUAGUAGUAGAAGGAAGACGGCUUUAAAACAACUCAGGGUGAGCUGCAUAGCUACUUCUGCCAAGUCUGUUAUCUGAUCUCAGCCGUCUUCUCUGAUAAAGCAGUCCAGUCCUCUGGUUCAGCUCAUUCACAACCCUUGUCUCGUCUCCACACUUCAUAUUACACUGCCAACCACCCCUAAAUGUCAUGAAUCAACUCCAUCUUUCCCAUAAAAGUGGCUUGUCAUACUACAUCGUUGUUAAGUUAAAGGGACAGACAUCUAGGCCAGAGGAUGAAGCAGUUUUCGUACACUAGGAGAGUGAUUUAAACACACACACACAACCAUCCACACACACAGGAAGAGAAAGAGAGAGAAGAAUCUUUACAGUCCAAUUCGGGUUAGUAAACCUAAAAGCACAUUAGUCAAAAGCAAGGCAGCACCACUGUUCUGUUUCUGUUUACUGACAUUUAAAUCUAAACAUUGUUAUUUUGUGUUCAGUUCUGUUGUUUCAUUUUUGGGUAUUAGGGUCUGAGGUUCUAGACGGAGUCACCACUUUAACCAGAUUAGAUUAGAAUUAAUUCAGUUAUACUUUCAGCAAUGUUGUCAUUCUAUUACGAUGUUUCUUAAAUCACUUGAAACAGCCCUAUGCAUUUUUGUACAUAUAUAUAUAUUUAUCAAUCAUUUUGAGAAACAAAUUUAUACUGCACAGUGAAUCUGAUUAUAGUCAUAAAACGUGUAUGAUAUUGACUUGAUCUGGUUAAUCUGGUCACGUCCGGUGUGUCAGAGCCAUCAGCAGGUAUGCAGAUUAGUCAAUUGCACAGUAAAGAGUGUAUGUCAUGACCUGUUGAGCGUGUGCUAAAACAGUAAGACAAUUUUUUUCUUUCUUUCUUCUCAUUCAGGACUUCCUGUGAUGUGUAGUUGAACGCAUUCUCAGAAGUAGCAACACGCUUACAGAAUGCACAGCUGAAUUUUCCCUUUUCUUUUCUCUUCUAUCCAACUGAUUUAUUGGCAGUUAAACAGCCUUCUUUCGACAAGAUGCCCUAACCAGCGCAAACGAUUGAAGCGAGGGAAUAUCGUGGUUUUAAAAAGAGCAAAGCAAACUAAUGAAAUAGAAAGAGAGAGAGAGAAAGAGAAAAGUAAACAUACGCAGCUCUUCGCAGUUGACCCGCACUUUAUUAUUUUGAUUUACAUAUUUGAAAACAAUAGCGAAAACGGCUUCUGAGCAAGAAAUUAUGUUAAAAUACAAAUUUAUUGGGCCUUGCUAGAGGGAGCAUCUGAGAUUGAAGUGCCAGUGUUGAUAGGCUUGGCUUUCACAAUGCUGGCACUAUAAAAAUGAAAUUAAUUUAUUUGGACAGUUUUUGUACUGCCAUUCAAUUUGACAUGAGUGUGCCUUGAAUACUGAUCUUCCUAUUUAUUGUCUUAUAAGACAAAUGCAACACUUUUGUGAAGCAAAGAAUUGAGAAAAAUAAUAAUAAUAAUUUAAGUCCAUGUGGUUUUAAUUUGCUUCAAAAAAAAAAAUAAUGAUAAAAACACAUACGUAGGUCACUUAAAGAACUAAGUUGAACUAAAAUGAAAAGUAGCCAGCACAAUACUAACGUGUGUCUAUGUGUGUAUAUAUGUAUGCAUAUGUACAUAUAACUGCACAAAAACACACACACAAUAGACAAAUAUAUAAAAAUAUAUAUAUAUAUAUGUAAAAUUUUUCACUUCAGGACAAGACUGCGUCCCUUGAAAAUAAUGGAUGAUUCUUUUGCUACAAAUAGUCAAGGAAGAGACUGGACAAAAAUCAGGAACUACAGAAACUUAAAAAAAAAAAAAAAAAAAAAGAAAAA